AUGGCCAAUAAUUUAGAGAGGCAGGAGCUUCCGCUAUCGCCUUAUGCUUCCAAAAUCAUCAUAGAUAACUUGCACUCGCGUCAAAACAAUGCGUCGCCGUACUCGUCAAACGUUAAGCACGAGAAGCAGCAUGAUCAAAUCGAUCACAUCGUGGACCUUGAAAGCAGCUCUGUUGAACAGGAUGAAGUUGACGAGACGAAGGUCGUCAGAAGGCUCAAAUCUAGACACAUCCAGCUGAUCGCGCUGGGUGGGGCGAUAGGAACAGGUCUCUUUAUUGGUUCGGGCGGGGCGCUGAGUACCUGUGGUCCUGCACCUGUACUAAUUUCCUACAUGGUAAUGUCACUUUUUGUCUGGUGCAUCAUGAAUAUGCUCACCGAAAUAGUGUGUGUCAUGCCUAUCUCCGGUGAAACGUCGAUGUUCUCGAUGGUUGGUACAUACUUAAACGUCCCGCUCUCAUUCAUGUGUGGUAUCAACCUGUUUUAUGCCAUGGCAAUGAUUGCACCUGCUGAAAUCACUGCAACUGCGAUUCUAAUACAAUACUGGACAGACGCCAAUUCUGCCAUCUUCAUCUCGAUUUUCAUUGUGAUUACCGUUGGUUUGACAAUGAUGCCGGUCCAUUACUUUGGUGAAAGUGAAUUUUGGGUCUCUACGAUCAAGCUGCUUUGUAUCACGGGGCUGGUCAUCCUGGGCAUUGUUAUCUUCUUUGGUGGGGCUCCCAACCAAACAAAAAUCCUUGGGUUUCACUACUGGAACAGCCCAGGCGCUUUUAACCCCCACCUAGUCUCUGGGAAUACUGGGAAGUUUCUAGCCUGUUGGACUGCAAUCAUAAAGAGCGGGUUCUCUUUUGUGUUAAUUCCUGAGGUAGUUGUUUCAUGCUCGGCGGAGUCCACAAGCCCUAGAAGAAAUAUGCCCAGAGUUGCUCAAAGAUUUGUGUAUCGCCUAGCUCUUUUCUACGUUUGUGGUUCGCUGGUUAUUGGCAUAAUAGUUGCUUACAACAACCCUCGUUUGUUAAACGCCCUUGCAGAAGGAAAGUCGAACGCCGCUGCCUCGCCGUUUGUCAUCGGUAUCCAGGAUUUCGGAAUUCGAGUUCUGCCACACAUUAUCAACGCUUGCAUUCUAACAAGUGCCUACUCGUGUGGCACGUCGGUUUUAUAUGGUGCUUCGAGAACACUGCACUCUAUGGCGGUUAAAGGUUGCGUACCAAGAAUUUUCGCAAAGACUAACCGUUUUGGCACUCCAUACUACAGUACUGCUGCUGCCAGUCUGUUCUGUCUGCUAGCAUACCUGAAUUGCUCCGACUCUUCGAGUGUGGUUUUCACCUGGCUAUCAAACAUUGCCACGAUCUCGGGAUUCGUCGACUGGAUGCUAGUAUGCGCAGUUUAUAUACGUUUCAGAAAAAUCAUCGACCACGCCGGUAUCAACGACAGAGUGCCUUACAGAAAGCGGUUCAUGAUUCCCUUGGCUUAUUUCGCUUUUGGUUUCUACGCAAUUUUGAGUUUGACCAAUGGGUACUCUGUUUUCAUCAAAGGCAAUUGGAGCACAAGUAAUUUUUUUGCGUGCUACACCACAAUCGGUUUGGUGGUAGUUUUGUACCUGGGCAGCUCCAUUUACUACAAGACCUGGAAGCUCAGGGAUAUGGACGAGGUAAUCGCCGAGAUUCUGCCCAAGAUUGACAUUGCCGACGAGGAGGAGAGAAAUGAGAUCCCGGCUGUACCAAAGAACUGGAUGGAGAAAGUUUGGAAUUUCCUCAUUUAA